UAUAUGCGUGUAUGUAUUGUUUGCAAAUAAAAUAUGCAAAUUUUCAGUGUUGAAGCGGCGAAACCGAGAAAAGUUUUACAAAUAAUUUAACAAAUGUUAGUACUGUAUUUCACAAAUUGAAUUUGAGAAUAUUAAACGAAAAAACGUUUUUGCUUGAGAGAGAGGCGAAUCUGAUUCUUGUGAGAGCUUCCAACAAAGUCUGCAGGCUCAUCCUGCGGAUCCCUUCGUUCCCAAUUUCUCUUAGGCAGGUGAGAAAUAUUUAAUUUCCCCAUACUUACUUUGAGAUUUGAUAUUUCCAGUUGCGUCUGAAAAUCGAUUGACCUACUUUGUUUGUGUGUGUGUGUUCACGUAUUUACCGGAUUUGGGGUUCCUCUGUCCGUACGCAUUUUCCCACAAAGUUUGUUCCUUUUUUCUUUCUAAUCUCGUGUAGGUAUCCCUUCAUUGGCGAGAUCCUUGUUUUCUUCGUUGGGGAACAGAUUGCCCAAACUGAAGUCUCUCUCUCUCUGUUAUGGCUAAACAGAGACCGGCGACGUUGUCAGUCUACCUCUACAUUCCCAAUAUCGUUGGGUACAUGAGAGUUCUCUUGAACUGCAUUGCCUUCUCUGUGUGCUUCUCCAACAAGACACUCUUCUCCCUCUUGUACUUUUUCAGUUUUUGUUGUGAUGCUGUGGAUGGAUGGUGCGCUCGUAAAUUUAACCAAGUCUCUACAUUUGGAGCUGUUUUGGAUAUGGUUACAGAUAGAGUCAGCACAGCCUGUCUUCUCGUGAUUCUCUCCCAGAUAUACAGGCCUAGCUUGGUUUUCCUGUCAUUGCUGGCUUUAGAUAUCGCUAGUCACUGGCUGCAAAUGUACAGUACCUUCCUAUCAGGGAAGACCAGCCAUAAGGAUGUGAAAGAUAGCACGAGCUGGCUCUUUAGACUCUAUUAUGGAAACCGGAUGUUCAUGGGUUAUUGCUGUGUUUCCUGCGAGGUUCUUUAUAUAAUCCUUCUUCUCAUAGCAACGAACCAAACCGAAAACUUGAUGAACGUGGUAGUGAAAUCAUUGAUGCAGAUUUCACCGCUCUCUUUACUCUUGGCUUUGAGCAUAUUUGGUUGGUCCAUCAAGCAGAUCAUCAAUGUGAUUCAGAUGAAAACGGCUGCAGAUGUUUGUGUCCUGUAUGACAUAGAGAAACAGCAUAAGAAGCCUUGA